UCUCGGGCAGGGAUGUGACCAUUCGUUCCUUUCAAUGUCACGGGCUUCGAUUCCCCCUCCUUGGGGAAAAUCGGCGCCUUAGUGUGAGAAAGAAGACUUCACUGUCCAGCAGACCGCAGAGGGCUCCCAGGCUGGGGACCAGGCGAAUAGAGGGUGACGGUGUGGUGGGGGACUUUUCCAUCCUCCUGCCCCGCACUGGGGAGGAAAAGCUGCCAGAAUCCCCUUCCUCACCAGCUUGGCUUUCUCCUCGGGAGGUGUUUUGACAAUCCCCUUGACUUCAAGGAAGGACUGACGGCCCACUCAGACCCCACAUCGUCUUCCUCUGAGCCCCGGUUUGGGUGGCAACUUCUCAGUCGUGGUGACCCUUUCCCCAUGACCCUAAGGUCCCACGAGUCCACCGUGGAUGGUGCGGAAGGGACCCGAAGCCGGUGGGGGGCGGCAGGUACAGCAGAGGAGCAGCCCUCGGAAGUGGUGCGUUUGGCUACAGCCAUGCGGGAACUGAGCCAGGCAGGGUGGUACUGGGGAAGCAUGACUGUUAAUGAAGCCAAAGAAAAAUUAAAAGACGCCCCCGAAGGAACCUUCCUGAUCAGGGACAGCUCUCAUUCCGACUACUUGCUCACUAUAUCUGUUAAAACCUCAGCGGGACCGACCAAUCUGCGAAUAGAAUACCAGGAUGGGAAAUUUAGAUUGGACUCCAUCAUCUGCGUCAAAUCCAGGCUGAAACAAUUUGAUAGCGUGGUACAUCUAAUUGAAUACUACGUGCGAACUUGCAGGGACAAGAGGACGGGUGCCGAAACCCCUCGGAAUGGGACCGUGCAUCUGUACUUGACAAAACCCCUCUAUACUUCCACUCCAACCCUUCAGCAUCUCUGUAGACUCUCUAUAAACAAAUGUACAACUAAGAUCUGGGAAUUGCCUUUACCAACAAGACUAAAAGAUUACUUGAAAGAAUAUCAAUACCAGGUAUAAGUUUCUCUCUUUUUUCUAAACACGCCUCAUGUACAAUCUUCUCUGAAUGCAGCUAUGUUAAGAGAGCCAAAUCAUCAUAGCCCCGGCUAGCCACGUGUCCAAUUGAGAAAUGGGAUUUCCCCGUAAGAACAACUGCAGUCAAAUGAAUUUAAAUGUCCAAGGAAGGCUGGGGGUGGGGUGGGGGUGGGAACAAGUUAACAUUAUUAAAAUCCUCAUCAGUAUUCUCAUCUGAGUGACUUUACCCCGACAACGCUAAAUGAGUCUCUCCCUUUUUUAUGAUUGAGUGUUUGGUGGUACAUUUGCUAAUCUGAGGAUUGGGGAAACCUCUUUUUUUUUAACAGGUCAUUUUUGUGUGUGGGCUCUUAGCCGUCGGGGUGUCAAGGGUACAUGCUGCCAGGUGUCUAGCUGAUGUUAAAGCUCAGAGCUGGCACCAAAAGAACUGGAAAGGGAGAAGCCGAGACGGGGCUGCUCACAACUCACUUGCCUGAUGGUCAAGUGCUGUCUUAGGAUGUCUAUUUUACAUUCUGGUGUACUUGUUUAGAGUUUUUUUUGUUCUUGUUAAACAGAACAUGCUUGUCAGUAUUUAUCUUUUGUUUUAUACCAUUCACCAAACCCAAAAGAGUGACCGUGAAA